AUCUCGGACACGUCCAAGGUCGUCUUCAACAUGGCGCUCAUCCACGCCAUCGGCGGCGAGCACGACCGAGCCGUCGCCCUGUUCGACCGCGCGAUCGCGCUCGACAACUUCCUCGCCAUCGCCUACUUUCAGUCGGGCGUGUCGCAGUUCCUCCUCGGCCGGUACGAGGCGGCGCGGCGUGACUUCUCGGACGCGCUGGCGCGCAGACUCGGCCUCGACUUCAAGCUCUUUUCCUGCGAGGUCCGCUUCAACCGAGGGCUCGCCCUCAUCUACAUGGGACGCCUCGACGAGGGCAUGCUCGACCUCGCGGCCGCCAAGGAGGACAAGCAGACGGGCGAGCACGACGUGAUCGACGAGGCAUGCGCCGACCAAGCCGUCGGCUACACCGUCUUCUCGAUCCCGGUCGGCAUCCUGUUUCGCCCCGCCAACACCAAGCUGCAGAACCUCGAGACGCGCGACUACCUCGGCAAGGCGACCGUCAUCGCGGCGACCAACUCGACCGACCUCUUCAUCGGCUUCGGCGGCGCCAAGAAGCUC